GAGCCUGAUUGAAGAGAUCUGAUUCGAUUUGAUCUUCUAGUUUUGAAUUUAUCGCGGUGCAUGAUUGUCUUUCGAUUAAAUUACUCUGCUCGCCCGUGCGGGGACAACGUUUGAAUAAAAUAAAGUUAUUACUAUCAAUAUUAUCUUUGAACGGUUAAAAACUUACAUGGUUUUUAACUCAAGAUAUAAUGGAGCUUGAUUUGAAGCUAUGCCGGUUCGAAAGUGCACCUUGGGGAUUCCGGCUUAUCGGUGGCUCUGACUUCGAGUUACCAUUGACCGUUGUCAAGGUAGCUGAAGAAAGUCUUGCUGAGAAAGCGGGUAUGCAGGUAGGGGAUGUAAUCCUCAAAGUCAACGACGAACCAACUGCUGAACUGAGUCACACACAAAUGCAAAAACUGAUAUCCAGUUGCGGCAAUAACUUUCUUUUAACCGUUUACAGAGAGGAAAGGCAGGAAGAAAAUGGAGACACUGAGGUUGAAGUGGUGAGUGCUUCUGAGAUCCAUAAAAUGGAAGAGCAAUGUCAGCAAGAAGUCAUUCAAAGUACCCAGGCAGUUACUAGUGAAACAACUGAAAUUCAUGAAGCGCAGAAUGUUGAAGAAGUGACACAGGAAGAAAUUUCAGAAGUUUCAAAAACCGUAGAGGAAAUAACUUCAAAUGACGCAGAGGAAGCACUGACCAACGAAAAUGCUACAAAUGCCAACCUCAAUGCCGUUUUUCCCAGAUCCGCGGUUUGCACCAGCAGCGAAGUAUUUCGAACUAUUAAAGAAGAAUCGACAAUGACUGCGACCGAAAUGGAGAAGGAGAAACGUAAGUGGACAACAUUUUUACAGAAGCCGAAUCGCCCGAUUCCUAAAACUAAACUUGAGCAAGAGCAAGAAAUCAAGAGACAACAAUACAGAGUGCAAAUUGUUAAGCAACAAAAGCCAAAAGUGGCUCCAGAUCGAAUUCCUACUCCGCCGCCUGAAAUACCAGAAGAACCGGAACCAGAACCUGAGCAAAUAACGAAAAUAGAAGAGGAACCCUGUGAGCCUCCAACUGACAGCGAGGUUCCAAACUUGGAGCCAGUGCAAGAGGAGACUUUACCAGCUGUUGAGGAGGCAGAUCAAACUGAAAAUAGAACGGAAAACGUCGAGACUCCAAGCCAAAAUGAGACCGAGCCGCAAGAAAUUGCAGUACCUGAACCAGAACAACCGCAGAAAACAGAGGAGGAGCUGAUGUUUGAAAAGCAGCUGGUGGAUAUUCAGAAACAAUUGCUGGCAUUGUCUUCAUUGCCAUCAACAAUCCAAGCAACCUUAGAUGCGGUAACGAGGCAACUGAGCGGUCUAAUGCCAAACUUACAAUUGGAUCUGCCAGUAGUUGCGACAUCUGACAAAAAUUCUGGAUCGUGCACAAAGGAAGAAGAUGUUACUAACGACGAAAGUAAAGAUGAAAAUAUGAAUGAGGUCAAAAGCGAAUCUACAGAGGAAGUGAUCAAUGUUGUGCAAACUGCGGGCACCACUGAAGAAGUAACUAUGAGUGAAUCGUAUGAAGAACAGACAAUAGAGGAGCACAUGAGCGAAGUGAAGGAAGAACAUGCUUAUCAGCAAUCGAUCCAAGAGACAAUCGUACAGGAAGAACAUUUCGAACAACAAUUCUCGGCGGAAGAACAUCAAUCAAAGUCGCAAAAGGAACUAGUUAUGCUCGAGCUGGAGCACAAGCAACGACUUAUAAAAGAGAGAGCAUCGAAAAGACCACCACGAGCUUUUGGUCCACUUACUCCUCAGGAGCGUCCUUUGGUUCUACCGGGUGGGAGGAAAUGGCGAAGACCUAAAGAUGCAUACAACGAUGAGCUAAUAGCAGAUAUCCUAAGCUCUCAAGCUGAGCUAAUUGUUGGUUCGACUCUUGGGUCUACAUGUGAAAGCACUAACGUAAGCACCGAUCCAAGAGUAAAUUUUCUCAAAUAUAAGAAACCGGAAAAGCAUAUCGAUCUGGAGAAAAGUGAGGUGUAUAAAGUUAUCCAUGAGUUGGAUCAUUCACCAAAACGGGGCAUUGAAUUUCGUCCUGAGAAAGUCGUUGCUGAAGCGGAUGUUCGUAGUUGCGUGACACCUGUGCCAUGAAUCCCAGAGUAACUCACGUGAAGGAGUGUUGGACGUGCUUCAUUUGAUGAGUUUUAACUAUUAUAAAAUUACAUUCUAAUAAAAUAUUUAAAUAAAUGAAA